AUGGCAGACAAGAUGGACAUUUGGGCUUUGACAGCGUGGGAUAAGCCUUUAGAAAAGAUCUCACAAGAGAUACCAACACCAACAGGAACUGAGGUUCUCAUCAAAGUGUCCCAUGUCGGCGUCUGCCACUCCGAUUUACACUUUGCACAAGGUCAUUAUGACAUGGGCGGGGGCAAGAAGUUCUAUGUGAAAGAUCGCGGUGCAAAACUUCCAGCUGCACUGGGCCACGAAAUUCUUGGCCAAGUGGCUGCUACGGGACCUGAAGCGGCACACCUAGGUAUUGGCACAAAGCAGAUUGUGUAUCCUUGGAUUGGGUGCGGCGAAUGCACUCGUUGCGGACAAGAGAAUGACAAUCUGUGUGCUGCUCAAAGGGGACUGGGAACGUUGAGGAAUGGUGGAUUCGCCGAGUACGUCUUGGUUCCACACUCCAAGUAUCUCGUUGAACUAGGGGAUCUUGACCCAGCCGUGGCAUGUACAUUUGGGUGCUCUGGUAUAACGACUCUCAGUGCCGUGCGGAAGAUUCUGCCCCUGCCCCCUAAUGAGCCUAUUCUGCUCAUUGGAGCUGGAGGCCUAGGCCUGGCUGCCAUCUCAGUCCUUAAGGCCUUCCGCCAUGAAAACAUUGUGUGCGCCGAUGUUAACGAUGAGAAAUUGGCGGCUGCGACCAAGGCUGGUGCAUCCGCAACCAUCAACACCGCCAAGUCUGACUCACCAGUUGCCGAAAUCCUAAAGGCAACCGGCGGGCCUCUCCUCGCCGUCAUCGACUUUGUCAACAACACAGCUACAGCAACGAUGGUUAACAAGCUUGUUGCAAAGGGAGCCAAAUGGGUGCAGGUUGGUGUUAUGGGAGGCACAGUUGAGCUGUCACUUGUCGGAAACAUUUUCAAGGGGCUGACUAUCUACUCCAAUAUCACUGGAAAUCUUGAGGAGCUCAGAACAUUAACAGAAAUGGCCAAGCGGGGAGAUCUCAGCUCAAUAGCUAUACAGAAGAUUCCAUGGGACUCGGUUAAUGAAGCCAUGGACUUGCUGAGAGCUGGCAAAGUCUCAGGGCGCAUGGUACUUGUGAAGUAG